UUUGAAUCAGGCCAGGACCCCCUCUUCAUGACGUAAUAGUUUGUGAACCCCGUGCUUGAGAUUUCGAGGGGAAGGAACAACCUGCUCAGCACGUGUGCAGGAAUCUGUAUGAUGCUCGCGAUAAAGUGAAAUAAAAUAAAGUCCGGAUCAACGAACCAGCCUGGACCACGUUUAUCUUGUACCAACUACCAUCAACUCACUUGUGUCUCACUUGAAGAGAUUCGGUCAUAUUUUCCCUAAACAGCUUCUCUAGUCUUCAUUGGGUUGCUGCUCUAGGGUUCUGCGACUCUUUACAGUUACACUGGGCUAGGAAAUUAUUUCAGGCCUAACUCUGGUCCCCGAAGUUGCUGUUAGGCUGCUUGUAGGGGGAUUUCUGCCCAGGCAUCAUGCUGGAGCAUUUUUAACCCCCCCCCCCCCUCCCCCUCAAUAAGUCCUUCUGAGACGCUUUAAAGGACCACAAUAAUACAAUAUUGGUUCUAGUUCUUCAAUUUGCCGCUAGGGUUCCGUCGUUUAUCGGCCGGGUCGGAAGGAAACGGGUCUCAUGAUCAUUUCAAAAAAAAAUCCGAAAAUAAUUCAUAUCGCGGCGUCAUUUUGGGCAGCAAACAUCCUCUUUUUCCAAGAAGCCUUUGAACAAAAACAUGAAUUCUCUGCUGAAGGAAGUAGUAAAUCUAUCCAAGAUGAAGUAUUGUCGGUCGCAUGAAAAGAAAGUCCAAUAUGGAACCGCUGGAUUCAGAAGAAAAGCAGAAGAAAUGGACUUCAUUAUGUACAGGAUGGGCAUCCUUGCUGGUUUGAGGAGCAUGCUUAAGAAAGCUGGUAUUGGUCUCAUGAUCACAGCUUCUCACAACCCUGAAUGUGACAACGGUGUCAAGUUGAUUGAUCCUUUGGGUGAUAUGCUUGAGAUGUCUUGGGAGAAACAUGCUACAGACUUGGUCAAUGUCAGUGACUCUAACCUUGAUAGUGCCGUCCAAAACAUCAUGGCAGCUGUCGGCUUAAAAGAUCUUGAUGAUAUUGCGCAAUACCCUGUGUUGAUUGGUAUGGACACAAGGAGAAGUAGUCCCAGUCUAUCAGCUGCUGCAGAAGAUGGUGUGAGAGCUCUUGGGGGCGUUUCAAAACAUUAUGGUCUUCUCACAACACCCCAGUUACAUUUCUUGGUGCAUUACUACAAUACUCAGAAGGCUUUCGGAACAAAAGAGGAUUAUUACAAGAAACUUGGCGAUGCAUUUGUGCAGCUUCGUGAAGCAGGCGAUGCGUCCAAUAGUCAUUACACGCCUGAUGUUUGGGCUGAUGGGGCCAAUGGAGUCGGAGGUAAAGAGAUGAAGUCAUUCCUUCCAUAUCUGCAGGGCAAACUUAAUGUUAAGUUGGUCAAUUGCGGGGACAAUGGAGGUGUCCUCAAUCACAUGUGUGGUGCAGAUUUUGUCAAGUCUCAACAAAAACCGUCUGAAGUUCAAGAAAACGAUGCAGCUGUCCAGCCUUGUACGAGGUGUCUCUCAGUUGAUGGUGACUGUGACAGGGUGGUGUACUUCUAUGUCAGUAAAGAAAGCAAGUUCUAUCUUCUAGAUGGGGACAAGAUAGCUACCCUGAUAGCUGGUUACUUAAUGGAGCUAUUGAGAGAAAGUGGGUUGAAGUUGUACCUUGGACUCAUCCAGACAGCUUAUGCAAAUGGUAGCUCAACAAACUACAUUGUAAACGAAUUGAAAGUGCCAGUUUCUUGUGCAAAAACUGGAGUGAAGUAUCUCCAUCAUGAGGCAAAGAGUUUCGACAUUGGUGUCUACUUUGAGGCGAAUGGUCAUGGCACCGUGCUAUUCAGUGGCUCUGCUAUGGCUUCCAUAGAAGAGGCUGCCAAUGAUUCGGAAUUAUCAGAAGAUCAGAGCAUUGCAGCAAAGAGAUUAAAGAAUGUCGUCGAUGUCAUUAAUCAGACUGUUGGUGAUGCCAUCUCAGAUAUGUUACUGGUAGAGACAAUCUUACAUGCGCGAGGCUGGAGUAUAGAAGACUGGAACAAUGCCUACACCGACCUUCCUAAUAGACUGCUCAAAGUCCAGGUGAAGGAUAGGACAGUAAUAUCUACAACUGAUGCAGAGAGACAGACAACAUCCCCAGAAGGUCUGCAGGAUGCAAUAAAUAAAGUGGUCCAGAAAUACAAAUCAGGCAGGUCAUUUGUAAGGCCAUCCGGUACAGAAGACGUUGUGAGGGUUUAUGCUGAGGCGGAUACUCGGACAAAUGCUGAUCUUCUUGGCUAUGAGGUCGCGUGUGAGGUCUACAAACGAGCUGGGGGUGUAGGGGAUAAACCUGUGGAACCGACGUCUUAAUGUGCAACAGCAAAAGCUGAUCUCUCGAUGCCAGUGGACAGAAGUGUGCUCAGAGUUUGCAAUCUGAGAAGGAAUACAAUCUUUAGAAUUUUAAACAGGGUGGAGAUUUAGUGACUAUCUAGUAGUGCUUCCAUGUUGAUUGAGAGGCCAUAUAAGGACACUUGGUGGUAACGGAAGUUGGUUCCCUGAGAGAAUGUUUUGGUGCUGGUAGAAUUAUAGAUUGCUCCAAAUUUAUGAACAUUUGUAUAUUCAGUAGAAAUUAACUUGUAUCAAGUAUUUAAAAUGGGCAUGGGAACAUAGGAGUUAGGCCUGGAAUUCAUUGUUACCUCUCUUGGGUGAGAUUCUCGACAUGUACAUUGGGUUGGUUGAGCUGUCUAAAAAUCCUGAAGUACAUUGUAUUGUGUCAUUAGUCUUCUGUUCUUAUAUUCCUGAAAUGCAUUUAAGAUGUAUACUUUUCAAUUAGGAUAAUCUUCAUUGAAUGAGGGGACGUAUGUUGAUAUUGUGUAUGUAUUUUGUGUCAUUAGUCGAGGGCAUGGGUCUCUCUGACCAUAUUUGGUCCCCCUUAAAGUUUAUGAUUUGCUAACUUAAAGGUUAAUUAUCACAUUCUUUGCGCAUCCCAAUGAUUGUCUGUGAUCUUCAAAACACUUACUUAAAAGAAAUGUCACAAUUUUUCAGACAUUUAGUAUCAGUGAAGAGGUCAUGAAGUGAUCCUUACCUUUCGUUCUGAAAAUGUCUAUUUAGGUACUGCCAGGAUACUGAUUUAUUUACUAGUUUCAAUCAGUUGGUUUUUGGAGAAGCAAAAUGAGGUGCCUAUUCCCUUGUAUUUGAUAUUCUACAAGUCGAAUCAAUAAAAGAAUACUGCUGUA